AUGACAAAAAUUGAAAGUUGCAGAGAGUCCACCGUAGCAAUAGCCACAGCAGAUGUGAUGAUUUACAAUGAUGCGACGAAAGAGUGGCUUUCUCCUGAUGGGUCUCGAGAAGCAGCUCGAUCACACGUCCGUAUAUUACAUAACGUUCAUGCAAAUACUUUUCGUAUUGUUGGUACGCGUUUACAGGAUGGCCACUGGAUACUUAAUUGCAAUGUUUAUGAAAGGUUAAGAUAUAAGCCAGCAACGCCAACAUUCCAUCAAUGGAGAGAUGAGAAAAGAAAAGUUUAUGGCUUAAAUUUUAUGCAGGAGGAAGAUGCUCGUCUUUUUGUAAAAGUAAUAACACAGGCACUGUCAAUAUUAACUUCAAGCAGUGAUUAUCAAAAUGGAGGUGAUUUAGGUUUUUCCAAUGGCAUUUAUCAAGAGCCGCAGCAGUUACAUCACAAUGCAUAUAGCGCACCAACAUUUCGUACCGGUGGUGGUGAUGAUGAGAGUUUGUAUUCUGGUGGAGGGAGCGCCUCAUCGAUACAGACUGUGAAUAACUUUAGGUUAGUAUGGUACUAUUGGAAAAGUUCAAUUUUUAAGCAAGAAAAAGGAAAGAAUGCAGUUAGCAUUUAUAAGAAUUGA